AUGUAUAUUACGAAGAGAUGUCUUAUUAAUACAAACUUGGUCGAUCACGUGGAUACUACAUGGCCUGAACUAGAUAUUUCACGAGAAGAAACGUCUGUUUCCGGCCACCAGACGCUGUUUCCUGUGAUUUUUCUAAAGACUAAUUGUUGUGUGAUGGAAGGAGCUACAGAUGGAAGGCCUACUCAGUAUGGCCUUGCAUGUAAGGAGCUUCAGGAACUUAUGGAAACCAGAGGUUUUGAGGCCAUUGAAACAAUCAUAGGAAGAUACGGAAGUGUACAGGAAAUUUGUAGGAAGUUGUAUACAUCACCAACAGAGGGUUUAAGUGGUUCAGCAGCAGACCUCGAACAUAGGCGGGAAACCUUUGGUCCCAAUGUCAUCCCACCAAAACCUCCAAAAACAUUCUUACAGCUAGUAUGGGAAGCACUUCAAGAUGUAACCCUCAUUAUUUUACAAGUUGCUGCCUUUAUAUCACUAGGUCUUGCUUUUUACGAACCACCAGCAAAUAUAGAAAAUGAAG